UUCAGUCUUGUAGCUAAACUCUAACAUGGCGCUGAGCAAAACAUUCGGGCAAAAACCAAUUAAAUUUCAGCUUGAGGAGGGUGGAGAUUUUUAUAUGAUUGGAUCAGAGGUAGGAAACUACUUGCGCAUGUUCAGAGGCUCCUUAUACAAAAGGUACCCAUCUCUGUCAAGAAGACUAGCAUCAGUGGAGGAGCGCAAGAAAAUAGUAGCAUCGUCUCAUGAUCACGGUUACACAACUUUAGCCACCAGUGUGACGCUGCUGAAGGCUUCAGAAGUUGAGGAGAUCCUUGAAGGUCAUGAUGAGAAGUACAAGGCAGUCUCUAUCAACACUGAGCCUCCAACCUAUAUUAGGGAGCAGAAGGCUAAGAGGAAUAGUCAGUGGGUGCCCACUCUACCAAACAGUUCCCAUCACUUGGAUGCUGUACCCUGUUCCACAACAAUAAACCGCAACCGCCUAGGCCGUGACAAGAAGAGGACUUUUCCACUUUGCUUUGACGAUCAUGAUCCUGCUGUGAUUCAUGAGAAUGCCUGCCAAUCUGAGGUUCUGGUGCCUAUCCGGUUAGACAUGGAGAUUGAUGGGCAGAAGCUGAGAGAUGCCUUCACUUGGAAUAUGAAUGAGAAACUGAUGACACCAGAAAUGUUUGCGGAGAUACUUUGCGAUGACUUGGAUUUAAACCCCCUAACAUUUGUCCCAGCCAUUGCAUCAGCCAUAAGACAACAGAUUGAGUCCUACCCCACAGACAGCAUACUGGAUGAGCAAAUGGACCAGAGAGUCAUCAUCAAGCUUAAUAUACAUGUGGGAAAUAUCUCGUUGGUAGACCAGUUUGAGUGGGAUAUGUCUGAGAAGGAGAACUCCCCUGAAAAGUUUGCCCUUAAGCUAUGCUCUGAGCUAGGCCUUGGGGGAGAGUUCGUCACCACCAUAGCCUACAGCAUCCGUGGCCAACUCAGCUGGCAUCAGAGGACUUAUGCUUUUAGUGAGAAUCCUCUGCCAACAGUGGAGAUUGCAAUUAGGAACACUGGGGAUGCUGACCAGUGGUGUCCCCUUCUGGAAACAUUGACAGAUGCUGAAAUGGAGAAGAAGAUCCGUGACCAGGACAGGAACACAAGGCGCAUGAGAAGACUUGCAAACACUGCUCCAGCAUGGUAAAAGAAAUUUGCCAUAUUUUUACACCUAUGACAAUAUGAUCAAGAGGCAGACUGAGCAGUUUCAACUCUACAACACUGUACAUUCCAUUUUCCAGACUAAAGUUCUCCCAUGUUGAUUGAUUCAAAUACAUUUAAUUGCACAAUAUCUACUCCAGUCAGGUCUACUGCAAAAUGUUAGGACCUGUUCAAAUGUACUAUUUAUCUACUGUAAAGGAUGUUUAGUAGCAUGAUAGUCUGAUGUAUCCUAAUGUCUUAAUUUGCCUUGUUUGUGAAUAGUCCAUUUUUGUAAGGUUGAAUUAUAUCUGCUUUUAAAUAAACAAAUUACAACUAUUGUGUUAAUA